AUGAGAACGGUGAACACAUGUCGAAGGUGGGUGUGUUUUUACCUUGGCCUGUUCAGCACCCUUUCAGGCUCAGGCUGAGACGGUCUGACCCAGCGCCUGACGUGCUCUAAAGUUGUGUCUGUCUUUCGUGUGGUUCUUGGGUGGAAGGGCAGAGGAAGUAUGUCCACGACUCCAUUUGAGUGUCUUCAGGCUUGCUUGUUGCUCGCUUUGGGAGUAAACCUGAUCUUCUUAAUUCCCCCAGAUAUUAGUAGGCAGGACGAGGCGGAGGGAGAACUCAGUGAAGGAGAACACUGGUAUGGGAACUCUUCAGAGACGCCGUCGGAAGCAUCCUAUGGAGAAGUCCAGGAGAACUAUAAGCUGUCCCUGGAGGACCGGAUCCAGGAGCAGUCCACUUCCCCCGACACCUCCUUGGGAAGCGGAACCCCCAGCAGUCACACGUUGGAGCUGGUGGCACUUGACGGUGAGGUCCUGCGAGACCCACUGCAGUGUCCAGAUCACCUCUCCCCCGGCGUGUCUUCUCUGUGUGAUGAUGAUCCCGCGGGCUCCACCAAGCCCUUGAGCAGCAACUUGAGGCGGCUGCUGGAGGCCGGGUCCCUCAAACUCGAUGCCACGGCCACGGCCAACGGCAGGGUGGAGUCCCCUGUCAACGUCGGCUCGAAUCUCUCCUUUUCCCCACCGUCCCACCAUGCCCAGCAGCUCAGCGUGCUGGCCAGGAAGUUGGCUGAGAAGCAGGAACAGAAUGACCAAUACACUCCAAGUAACCGUUUCAUAUGGAAUCAAGGUAAGUGGUUGCCAAACUCAACCACCACCUGCGGCCUGUCCCCGGAUUCAGCCAUCCUCAAACUGAAAGCUGCAGCCAAUGCUGUUCUGCAGGACAAAUCGCUGACCAGGACGGAGGAGACCAUGCGAUUUGAGUCCUUUUCCUCCCCUUUCAGCUCCCAGUCUGCCAGCUCCACCCUGGCAGCUUUAUCCAAGAAAGUCAGCGAGAGAAGCUUGACUCCUGGCCAGGAACACCCGCCCCCGGCCAGCUCUUUCCUUUCCCUGGCUUCCAUGACCUCCUCGGCGGCCCUUCUGAAAGAGGUCGCAGCAAGGGCUGCUGGGACCCUUCUGGCUGAGAAAUCAUCACUGGUGCCUGAGGACCCUCUCCCGCCACCGCCUUCAGAGAAGAAACAAGACAAAGUGACCCCGCCGCCACCUCCGCCACAAUCCUUGGAAUUAUUGUUACUCCCAGUUCCUAAGGGAAGAGUGUCUAAACCCUCCAACUCAGCCUCAGAAGAGGAAAGCGGAAAGCCUUUCCAGUGCCCCAUAUGUGGUUUGGUUAUAAAAAGGAAGAGUUACUGGAAGCGGCACAUGGUGAUUCACACAGGUUUAAAAAGCCAUCAGUGUCCGCUCUGUCCAUUCCGGUGUGCUCGCAAGGACAAUCUCAAAUCCCACAUGAAGGUUCAUCAGCACCAGGACCGGGGAGAGACCUUUCAGUGCCAGCUCUGCCCUUUCACUUCCUCCCGUCACUUCAGCCUGAAACUCCACAUGCGUUGCCAUCAGCACUUCCUGAGGACAGAAGCCAAGGUGAAGGAGGAGAUCCCAGACCCCGAUGUCAAGGGAUCUCCCCACCUCAGUGACAGUGCCUGCCUGGGGCAGCAAAGGGAAGGAGGAGGGACAGAGCUAGUGGGGGCCAUGAUGAAGUCCAGCACUCCAGAGAGGACUAGCCAGGGUGGGGCUGGCGUCUCGCCUUUGCUGGUGAAGGAGGAGCCCAAGGAAGAUAAUGGCCUGCCAACCUCCUUUACUCUGAAUGCUACCGACAGGCCGGCCAACCACACGAAGCUGAGAGAGCCCUCCGAGUAUGCAGCCAACAGUGCGUCCGCAUUGUUCAGCCAGGACAUCUCUGUUAAGAUGGCGUCUGAUUUUCUCAUGAAGCUGUCAGCUGCAAAUCAGAAGGAGCCCAUGAAUCUUAAUUUUAAAGUGAAAGAGGAGCCUAAGGAAGAGGAGGCUCUAAGUGCCACGCUGCCUCGGUCCAACUAUGUGUUCAGCCCCGAGUCUGAAGUGCCAGCCCCAAGCAUCUCUGAGGACACACUUAAGCCCCAGGAAGCAAAGGGCAACGUACUAAGGCGGGAUAUGUCAGUCAAAGCAGCAUCUGAACUUCUCAUGAAACUAUCAGCGGAAAGCUACAAGGACACUCAGACGGUGAAGAUUAAAGAGGAACCCAUGGAGGUGGACAUCCAGGACUCGCAGGCCUCAAUAUCACCCAGCCGCAGUGUUGGCUAUAGCACUUUAAUUGGGCGAGAGAAAACUGAACCCUUACAGAAGAUGCAAGAAGGCAGAGUGCCCCCAGAGAGAAACCUCUUCAGUCAGGACAUCUCUGUGAAGAUGGCUUCUGAGCUUCUUUUUCAACUGUCAGAGAAGGUGAGCAAAGAGCACACUCACACGAAAGAAAACACCAUCCGGACGACCACCAGCCCUUUCUUUUCAGAAGAUACAUUUAGACAAUCACCAUUCACCUCCAAUUCAAAAGACCUGCUGCCCAGUGAAUCUGUGCUUCACGGAAGAAUAUCAGCUCCAGAAACAGAAAAGAUAGUCCUCGAGGCAGGAAAUGGGUUGCCCUCUUGGAAAUUCAACGACCAGCUUUUUCCCUGUGACGUGUGUGGGAAAGUAUUUGGCCGACAGCAGACAUUGUCCCGACAUCUGUCUCUGCACACAGAGGAAAGAAAAUACAAAUGCCACUUGUGCCCCUAUGCUGCUAAGUGCCGUGCAAACCUGAACCAGCACCUGACCGUCCAUUCGGUGAAGCUGGUGAGUACGGACACCGAGGACAUCGUCAGCGCCGUCACCUCUGAAGGCAGUGAUGGAAAGAAGCACCCUUAUUAUUACAGCUGUCACGUGUGCGGAUUUGAGACGGAGCUCAACGUCCAGUUUGUCAGCCACAUGUCACUCCACGUGGACAAGGAGCAGUGGAUGUUUUCCAUCUGCUGUACGGCCUGCGACUUCGUCACCAUGGAGGAGACGGAGAUAAAGGCGCACAUCGGCACCAAGCACACAGGGGAAGACAGAAAGACCCCCAGUGAAUCAAACAGCCCCUCUUCGUCCUCCCUCUCAGCUCUGAGUGAUUCAGCCAACAGCAAAGACGACUCAGACAGCUCCCAGAAAAACAAGAGCGGAAACAACCUGCUGGUCAUCUCUGUCGUGCCUGGGAGCCAGCCCUCACUGAAUAGUGAGGAAAAGCCAGAGAAAGGGUUCGAAUGCGUUUUUUGCAACUUUGUCUGCAAGACGAAGAACAUGUUUGAGCGCCAUCUGCAGAUCCACCUCAUCACCCGGAUGUUUGAGUGUGACGUGUGCCACAAGUUCAUGAAGACCCCCGAACAGCUGCUGGAGCAUAAGAAAUGCCACACUGUCCCCACCGGUGGGCUCAAGUGCCCAUUCUGCAUUUAUUCCACCAACCGCCCCGCCGCCAUGGAGUGCCACCUCAAGACCCACUACAAGAUGGAGUACAAGUGCCGGAUCUGCCAGACGGUGAAGGCCAACCAGCUGGAGCUGGAGACGCACACCCGCGAGCAUCGCCUCGGCAACCACUACAAGUGCGACCAGUGCGGCUACCUAUCCAAGACCGCCAACAAGCUCAUCGAGCACGUGCGCGUGCACACCGGGGAGCGGCCCUUCCACUGUGACCAGUGCAGCUACAGCUGCAAACGCAAGGACAAUCUCAACCUGCACAAGAAGCUGAAGCACGCCCCGCGCCAGACCUUCAGCUGCGAAGAGUGCCUGUUCAAGACCACUCACCCCUUCGUCUUCAGCCGCCACGUCAAGAAGCACCAGAGCGCGGACAGCCCCGAGGAGGACAGGAAGGGCCCGGCUCCGGCCCCCAAGGAAGCCGCCGGCCCCGGGGCCCCGCUCCUCGUGGUGGGGAGCGCCCGCCACCUCCUGUCUCCCCUGUCGGUCAUGUCGGCCUCCCAGGCUCUGCAGACCGUGGCCCUGUCGGCCGCCCACGGCGGUGUCGGCGGCGACGGCGGCGGCUCCGAGCCCAACCUGGCACUCAAGGCCCUGCCCUUGAAUGGCUCCCCUUUGCGCUUUGACAAGUACCGGAACUCGGAUUUCGCCCAUCUCAUUCCCUUGACGAUGUUAUACCCCAAGAACCAGUUGGAUCUCACAUUCCACCCUCCCCGACCUCAGACUGCGCCGCCCAGCAUCCCGUCCCCCAAACACUCCUUCCUCGCCUAUCUCGGGCUGAGAGAGAGAGCCGAGACUGUCUGAGGGCAGCCGGGCUCCGUACCAAAAACCAAGAGACAGAGACAAACACACAAAACUCACAAAACUUAAACACAACCCCAGCAGGUGUACGUUGCUGCAAAACCUACAGACCCGCCCGGGUCUGACCACGUGUACUGUAUAUCUUUAGUGAGGGAUAGAGAAUUGGCUCUGUGUGUAUACCUAUUGCAUUGACCUGAAAGCUGCUUUAUCCAAUCUUCAGAGAGGUGACCGACUGCAUCCGUCUACCUUCAGAGGCAUGCCUCCCCAGCCGCACACUCCCACCCUCAGCCCUUCUUCGUACUUUGAAAGGAAAUUCGUCUCGUUAAACCCUAAACAGAGUGUCCUUAAUAGCAGUCAGCACUUGUAAGCUUCUGUACCGGUGCAUUUUGUUUUCUGUUGGGUGAAUGGGGCGUGUGGGCGUUUGUGGAUUUGGAAAGAGACAGCCGUGUGUCGUGUGCCAUAACAUCUGCGCAUUCUUCGUACUGGCUUCUUUCACAGGGAUGAACGUUCUUUGCCCUCCUGGGCUGUUCAUCCACUACAGUCGCUCCCCGAGCUCCUUCAUUACCUUUCCCUCUCUAUUUUGUGGCUACAGAGUGGUAGGGCCUGGUGCUUAGGCGAUGAAGGAAUGGUAGACAUCUCAGUGCUGCCUGAGAUUUCCGACAGAGUCCUGGAGACCUUGUGCUUGCAUCUCUGGUUAUGAAGAUGCGAGCAGUUGAGAGCCCCGUCUGGAAGAAAUAGCUUGCAGCACUGCAGCCAACAUCACAAAACUUAAGUGUGUUUUGUGUGUAUGUCCAUACGUAUGCAGUGUGUAUGGUACACACACACACAGUGCAUCAUUUUUUUAAGGGCAGAUUAUAUAUAUAUAUAUGUAUGUGAUGUAUUAAGUCAGUGGUUACCAUUUGUUUGCAGGAAACGAAAAAUUGUAUGAGUGAAAAAUUUUAUGGUUGAUAAAUCCAGCCAAGGAGAUUAAAAGGGGUUUGGAUAAAUUCUGGGUAUAAAUGCUCAGACUAAAAAAGAAAUGGCAGUUUUGCACAGCGCUUUUGGUCUUGCACUAGUUUUUGUUUCUCAUCUGCAAAAAAGAAAAGUAAAAUAAAAGGAAGAAAAUGUACCUUUUUUAUGGAAAGAGUAGACUGUAUGUUUGAAACUUUUGUCAUAACCUCUUUGACAUGUAACGACCCAACGAAAAGGUGCUGUUUUGUCCUACCGUUCAGUUUAUGCCCCUGAGACGUUUCCAUUGUGUUUGCAGAUCGUCAGGCUACAGCGGUAUCCUCCAUGUUAUUAAUAAUUAUGUAUUCCAUUUUGUUAACACCUGGUAGAUAUAACCUGCUAGGAAGCUAACUUUAUACUUAUUUAAAGCUCUUAUUUUGUGGUCAUUAAAAUGGCAACUUAUGUGCAGCACUUUAUUGCAGCAAGAAGCAGAUAUGGAUUUGGUUGUACAGCCCUUUGCCAUUCUUAAAAAGUAAUGGGUGUAGGGCUUCCCCGGUGGCGCAGUGGUUGCGCGUCCGCCUGCCGAUGCAGGGGACAGGGGUUCGUGCCCCGGUCCGGGAAGAUCCCACGUGCCGCGGAGCGGCUGGGCCCGUGAGCCGUGGCCGCUGAGCCUGCGCGUCCGGAGCCUGUGCUCCGCAACGGGAGAGGCCACAACAGAGGGAGGCCCGCGUACCACAAAAAAAAAAAAAAAAAAAAGUAAUGGGUGAUUUAAAAAGAAGAAAAGGAAAAGAAUCUUUGGCUAAACAUGUCAAUGGCUUGUAUUUUUGAAGACAACAGAAUUUCCAGUGUGAAACAGGCUGAAGAGCAGGAAGAAAUGUGCUUUGUAUAAUAAUGAGAAGUUUGGAAUAUAAAAGUUUAUAUAUUAUUUAUCUAUUGAAGAACUGGUGUACAGGAGGAAUGCUUUCUUACUGCGUUGCUGUUUUCCAUCAUGUGUUAUCCUGGGGUUGGGAUUUUUUUUUUUUUUCAUCUAUUCCACCGGGGGAAAAUAAAAGCAUCCCUAAUUUUCUUCCUCUAGUCAGUUUGCUUCACUGAAAGCUCCCCUUGACAUUGGUACCGUUCUACAGGAGUCCAGAAGCCUGUACCUUCUGUCCACACCAUGGUCCUCCCCUAUACCCACCCUUCCUCCCCCAGACCUAGCAGGUGUGCUACACUUCCCUUGCCAGUCAUCCAGCCCUGGCAAACCUGUUUACACUAAGGAGAUGUCUCCAGGGGCAGGGAGGCUGAGCCAGCUAGGGCAGGAAGCUCCCGCACCCCGGGUCAUCUUCCAGCAGAGACGUCUGUUCUUGGCCACGUUUGAAACGUCAUUCAACGUCGCCAUAGCAAAGUCUCAGUAAAAGACACUAUAGACAGUUACGGACAAUACACUCCAAGAAUACUGGGCUUAUGGGUGGAUUGGGGUUUUUUUAAGUCACGUCUUUUUCCCCAUAUAAUGGAGAAUGUGCCACCUGGCUAAUCAUGUGCUUUCACAAUUACAAGUUCAGUGAUGACAGGAAAGAGGGCCAGGGUGAUCCCACAGAGGCUGGCAGAAGGGCGAAUCCCACGUGAGCACCAGCAGGUUAAAAACCUGAAGGGUGGGGCUUCCCUGGUGGCGCAGUGGUUGAGAGUCCGCCUGCCGAUGCAGGGGACGCGGGAUCGUGCCCCGGUCCGGGAAGAUCCCACAUGCCGCGGAGCGGCUGGGCCCUUGAGCCAUGGCCGCUGGGCCUGCGCGUCCGGAGCCUGUGCUCCACGACGGGAGAGGCCGCAGCAGUGAGAGGCCCGCGUACCGCAAAACAAAAAAACCUGAAGGGUGGCCCUGACAAUUCAAACUGCGGAUUUUACAGCAUGCCACUUGUGCAAUACGAGGUCCUAGGGUGAAACUUUCAAGAUCAAGAAGGGUGUUGGAAGGAGACAAUUACCGCUCAGAUGCUUGCCACUGAACUUGUAUUUGAAUGACUUAGUCAUGCUUAAUGUAAUUGGGCAACUUUUUUAGCACUUUGGAAAGAGUCAUCAAUCUUUCUGGUAAAUUAUAAAAGUUUUCUGAGUGAGAAAAGGUGUGUUUGGAGUUUGUUUGACUUUUUAUAUUAUUAUUAUUGUUAUUAAUAAAGAAAAAUCUACAGCAUUUUUCAGACUCCACCGAAGUAAUAUGUACCCCUGAAUUUGGUUUGCAGUUUGAUACUCAGGGAAGGAUGUAUUCCAUAGAUAUCCUUUCCGUGUAGAACACUAAUGUCUUUGAGAUAGUCACCUGCCAACUAACUUCAAUUCUGUUUUCACUAUGCAUUCUUCAAUGAAAGCUAGCUUAUUUUUCCAUAUAGUAAUGCAGUUAGAGCUCUCAGCACUUUCUUCUCUCCUUUUUUUAACUCCUCAUAUUAUGUUCAGAUGAUCAUACUGUCAAGGUUUAUGUACAUUACUGAAAAUUUGUAUUGUAUAAAGCUUUUUGCAUUACAAGGCUGUACAGGGUCAUUUUGACAGUAACUGGUAUAUUCCUUUGCAUCUUAUGUUGCAUUGCCAAUUUCUAGUGUAUCCAGUUUGGAAGUAUAAUAUACUCUAAUUAAAAAAAAAAAAAAG